GAUGAUGCGCGUUGCGGCCGCGCGGCCACCGACGACGCCGCCGUCGCCGUCAGCUGCGUGCGUCGUUUGUCCGCGGACGUGCACCGGUCCGUGCGUUUGCCGUGUCACCGCCACGAAAAUGAUCGCAGACCCGACGGCAACCGUCGCGAAGCCCGCGCCGCCGACGCCACCGUGGCCGUCGCGACCCACGGCCGCCGCGGCCAGGCUGUCGUCGCUGAUCGCGUUGCUGGUGCUUCUAGUGCUGCUUCUCGACGUCGGCGCCGCGUCCGCGUCCAUAUGCAAAGCGGGCCUAUGCACGCGCGAACAGUACUGCUGCGGUGACGGUAAAUGCUGCGACAACGUGUACAGCCUCUGGUACCUGUGCGGAGGGGUAGCCGUCAUGUUGUUUGUGGUCGGAUCGUUUUGUCCGGUGAUCAGGCAGUGCUGCUGUUUCCGAACUCCGGUGAUCGUCAAAUACGUCCCAGUGCCCACGUCACCAACGAAAUUCAAAUAUUCCGACAGUGACAAAUGCACCAGAGUGGACGUGACGCUGCCGUUGCCGCCUCAAGCUACCACGUUGGACAUCACCAACUGCAUAUAACACGCUCUGCUUUUAAUAAUACCAAAACAAUAGUGAUAAAAAUACUGUUUGUUCGUAUUACAACCGUGCGAUUGAGAUCGUCUCCCCCCACCCCCGUGACGUCCACCACAAGCCGUUAAACGUCGUCCGUCGCGUAAGCAUAUUGUAAUACGUACAUAUUAAAUAACAGUAGAUCGAUUCUUAGCCCACGACAUAAAUUUUGUACAAAUAUGUGUGUGAGUGUGUAUAGGUCCAAGUAAUUGUAUAUUAUCUGUGCGACCGUAUCGCGUACAAUCGAAGUACAUUUCCUAAAGACGUGAGGAUGAAACGUUACUUCCGUUUUUACUUCGUAGACAUCCAGUCGAAUAAAACCUGAUGCUUCUCGGUGUACACGAAAAACAUAAUCGGUAAACGUACGAGAAAAUUCGAGUACAGUUUUAGCGCAUGCAUUAGCAAAAAAUUAGUAUUCCGUACACGUUGUAUACGUCCUUAAACGUACAGCCUCCGGAAAACACGUGAACAUCGUGCCACUCCACUGAACCACCGAAUCAACAGGAGUCCUCUUGCCCAAACGAUCCAUUAGUGAUUUCGGCAACGCUGGAUUUCGAUAAGGAUCACAACACGUAGUGCCCCUGCAGGAGAGUGACGAAAAGGUUUGUGAAAGGGAGAAGGGACAGCAAC